AAGGGGAGGCGGUUAGAGCGAUAGGAGGUGCGUGAGGGAGACGUUGUACACCCUCUGCAGAGGGAGAGUGCAGCGAUGGGUAAUGCGCAGGACAAACCUCCCGGUAGUGGAGGAGGGGGGGCCAAAACAGACCACGCUACGCCAGGGAGAGGUAGACGAAGCUGGGGUCCGGGAAGCACCACACACAGACCCCCGGACAAGGCACCGGUGGUCAACGGUGCCCAGGCAGGAGGUGGACAUACCGGGGGACGGCCACCACAGGAGGUCCCCGUGGUGGACACGAGCCAUCUGGACGCUCCGGCGGGGGCCCUCCCACCCCCUCUGGCACGUUUGAAAAAUGAGGGGAACCAACUCUUCAAAAAUGGGCAGUUCGGGGAGGCCUUGGAGAAAUACACCCUGGCCAUUGAUGGAUGUGCCGAUGCAGGUGUCGAAAGCCCAGAGGACCUGGGGAUCCUCCACUCUAACCGAGCGGCCUGUUACCUGAAGGAUGGAAACAGUGCUGACUGCAUACAGGACUGUACAAGGGCUCUGGAGCUGCAGCCGUACUCCCUGAAGCCGCUCCUGCGCAGGGCGAUGGCCUACGAGACCCUGGAGCGCUACAAGAAGGCCUACGUGGACUACAAGACGGUGCUGCAGAUAGACACCGGCGUGCAGGCGGCACACGACAGUGUUCAUAGAAUCACCAAACUGCUGAUCGAUCAGGAGGGUCCGGAGUGGCGGGAGAACCUUCCGGAGAUCCCCCUGGUUCCGAUGCUCGUCAAGCAGCAGCACCAAGCGAAGCCCAUCAGUGCCGAGCUGACCCAGGCCCGCGCCUCACGGGCCGCGAACGAAGAAGCCAGGAGAAAGGACACCCGCUUCACAUUGUUAAAACACGAAGGCAACGACUUUGUGAAGCGAGGCCAAUUCAGGGACGCCGCGGAGAAGUACAGCGAAUGUCUCAGCAUCAAGCCCGAGGAGUGCUCGGUUUACACCAACAGAGCAAUUUGCUUCCUGAAACUUCAUCAGUAUGCAGAGGCCAAAGAGGACUGUGACUCCGCCCUGAGUCUGGAGCCAGCCAAUAAGAAGGCAUUCUACAGACGCGCCCUGGCCCAUAAGGGUUUAAAGGACUACCUGGCGGCCAGCAGUGACCUCCAGGAGGUGAUGGUUCUGGACCCUAACGUGCACGAGGCAGAGGAGGAGCUCCAGAACGUCACCUCGCUGCUCCGACAGAGCCUGAUGGACAGACACUAACCACACACACACACACACACACACAGGUCUCUCUCUCUCUCUCUCUCUCUCUCAUUUCUAACCGGUCACCUCCCUGCUCAGACAGAGCCUAAUGGACAGACACUAACCACACACACGGGUCUCUCUCUCUCUCUUUCUCUCUCUCUCUUUGUGUCUCUGUGUCUCUCUCAUUUCUAACCGGUCACCUCCCUGCUCAGACAGAGCCUAAUGGACAGACACUAACCACAUACACAGGUCUCUCUCUCUCCCUCUCUUUGUGUCUCUUUGUCUAUCUCAUGUUUAACCGGUCACUCCCUGCUCAGUCUCAGACAGCCUGAUGGACAAAUACUAACCACACAGACCGCACUAUCUCCUUGUCUCGCUCACCUCCAUUUUCUUUCUUGCCAUCUCUUUCAUGCUCUAUAGCUUUCGGUCUGUGUCUCCGUCUUUCUCUCAUGUUUAGUUUUUUGCCUCACACUUAAUUGCUGAUUCCUUCUCUCCGUCUCCAUCAGUCGGGCUGGUCUAUCCGUCUCUCUUUCUGCCGUCGAUCAGCAUCUGUCACUCCGUCUCUGUCCCUACAGCCGUCAGUCCGGCUCCCGCAAUCGAAUUCGUAAUCGAAUCGUAAUUCCGUAGGAGUCGUCAGUCCGAUUCCUCUUUUGUCUGUUUUCGCUCUCUCUCCCCCCUCUCUAAUUUGCAUUGCCUAAAAACUGAGACUAAAGGAAAACAAUAACAAUAUCCACUAAACAAACUAGAAGAUGUGGUUGCAGAGCCAAUAUUGAAUCUUUCACUGUUGACUUUUUAGACUCGUGUGUGAAAUGUGUGGAGGAGAAAUGACCACGAGGUCAUACUUAUGUGAACUCUUGAUUAACACGUCUAAGAUCAACAACACGUCAAGCAUCGUAUCAUCUCCAUCCAGGUAGUGCAGCUUGUGGAGCGAGGGUGGAGCAACACCACCGGAGAAGAGGCACCUAGGAGGUGGAGAAACAAGAUGGCCCUGUGGAAGAAAAAAUAAAAAGAGACUGUUUUCUGGCCGGACCAAUCCUCCAAGGGCUCGAGAGACAAUGGUGAAAUACAGAUGAUAUAUAUAUUUAUCCGUCCAUGGAGCAGCUUUUUGCAACUCAGCAUCUCCGGAAACCUUUUGUACCAUCCAUCACGGAGUACACGGAUCCCGCAGCAACGAGCUACCCAAGGUCCUCGUGACUUAAAAAAAAAAGAACGGGAUGAAAAAAUGCCUAAGACACAAUACAGUGUGGGGUUGGGAGGUGUUGUAGAAUGACCCGUGGAGCAAAGUAAGAAAUGUGUGCCUUAUCAAGCUUCAUCCGUUUCUCAGCGAAUAUGCCAACAUUACCAGAACGCAGGCACAGUUUAGGGUUCAUUUCAACCAUAAAGUUUAUGGUUAGGGUUUUGUUAUCCCACCGAAUUCCCUGAACGAUGGUCGCGGUCGGUCUAAAUAUUUGUUUUCUUGCGUGUUGGAUACACUCCUUUUUUUCAAGUGAUAAUAUUGAAUUGCUUUGCACUUGUACACAAUACGCUGCAUUUUGCACUAGUGUGUACUUAUGUUGUAUUUUAUGUUGUAUCCGUGUGUCCUCAUAAUUCGUAAGGUUUGAUGAACCUAUGUCAUCUAUUUUUGCCCCCCAAAAUGGUUUCACCAUCGCUUGCAUCUGUAAGCAGCUUAAAAUCCCUUUGGAAUCCAAGCAAACACCAAACAAUGAUUUAACUUGUUAAAGAAAGAAAACAUGCAUGUUUUAUUUUGGUUAAUCAAUGUUGAUAAACUUGUGUGUGGGGAUAAAAAACGUUUUUGGAAAUAGUUUAAAACAAAGCUGACCUCCAGGCUGUCCCUGAUUGGAUAAGAUAAUCUACAUGUACUGUACGAUUCUGGGCUCAGGUUAAACUGUGAAUGUAACCCAUGAUGGCUGCGUGAUGUGUUUACACGUUUACAGUAUUUGAGAUCAGAGAUUUUUUUCCAAUUCAUGACUUCAGCCUCUGAAUCUUAAUUUUAGCAGACACGCAGAGGGGGAGUUUAAUGUACCAAAACAAAAAAAAGAGAAACUUGGCAUGGAUUGAAUGUAAAUCAUUUUGAAUGCAAAUAAAUUGCAUUGGGAAUGCUUUUUGAUGAGAAGUGAGUAAAGACUUUUUUCUGUCCUUAAGGUACAAUACAGUCACAAUUUGCACGGUUUCUGAAAACGUCAACAUCUGGACGCAAAUGGUUUGUCAAACAACAUCCAUGAGCGUGGAUGCCAUUAAAAGCCCUUGCUGACUAUUUGGCAUCCAUUCAACAUCACAUUGAACAAACAAACCAUUAUCUUUUGACCUUUCACGUUUAAUAUUUAACAGCAGAAUGAGCAAAUGAUAUUUCAUGAAGAGAAAAGAAACAAAUACUAUUUGCACCCUACCCCAGUCUGAGAAGGCACAAAGUCAAAAACAAUAAGCACAAACAUAAAAUUGCAUCCACAAUUGCCAAGGCGUAAAAAACACCCCUGAAUAUGUACAGUAGGAAUACAACAUCCAAACUCAAGUCUUAAAAAUAGGAAUUGUAAAAAAUAAAGUGAUCUUCUUUCUGGCAUCAUUUGAGAGGCAGGUGUAUUUAACAAAGAUUGUACCAACAAACUGAUGGAUUAAUCUGCUCAAAAGAAUAUACACACACACACACAACUGAACAGCAUAGAGUUAAUAUAAAUAUUUAUAGUCAACCAUCUGUAGGUGUCGUAUGCCUCUUUGUAGUUGAAGAGUAACCCAAACAAUGAUGUAAAUGGUGAUAUGACAUAAUCACAUGCGAUCAUGUGUUUAUGUACAAGAAUACCAUCAACGAGGACAUCUUGAUACUGAAGGCACAUAUAAUACCGUUAUCGAACUCUGCAUCCCAUAUGACGAUUGACAAGGCAUUCAUUUAAUUCAAGCGAGUACAUGUGCACUCGAGUUCAUUCCGAAAAAAAAAAAUCAAACUACACUUUUCUUAUAUUGCAUCCAGAUCGGUCAAAUUCUCCACUUACUUGGUCACCAUAGAAACCAAACCACCCAUGGACCUUUAGAAUACUCGUUUUAAAGGAAAAAUAGCAGACAAAAAAAAACAUAAAAUGGAAUUAUCCAGUUACAAACUGACAAGAAUUGUCUGUCGUCAAGGAGAAUGUGGGUUGUGGCGCUCGCUUGGAACCCAAAACAAAGCUUUGACAUUGACACAAAAA